UGAGAGAGUUAAUAUCGCCCAUCCCUAAAUCGAGAUAAUGCAAUAUUUUUUAUUUACGUGUAAUAAUAAUGAACCGUUGAAAAGAAAUCGGCAAUGAUUGUGUUACUUCUCUGGGUGUUGUUAUCGCUUGUUCUUGCGGCAGUAUUUUCAUUUAUUUCCCUGAGGCAAUGGUUGCUAAGCCGGAAAAAGAAGUUGCACACAUCUUCGGAAAACUGCAUUAACGUUGGCAUUUUCCACCCGUACUGCAAUGCGGGUGGCGGGGGUGAACGUGUUCUAUGGUGCGCCGUAAAAGCGCUGCAGAAGAAGUAUCAGAACGCAAAGGUGGUCAUUUACACAGGUGACAUAGACGCCUCUCCCAAUGCCAUAUUGCAAAAGGCCAAGAAUGUCUUCAACAUUGACGUGGAUAGUGACAAUGUGAAGUUCGUGUUCCUGAAACAACGCCAUUGGAUCGAGGCCAAGAACUAUCCGUACUUUACUUUGCUGGGUCAGAGUAUUGGAUCGAUGGUCUUGGGUCUGGAAGCACUGUGCAAGUUUCCGCCGGACAUCUUCAUCGACACCAUGGGAUACGCCUUCACGUUUCCUCUGUUCCGCUACUUGGCCAAGUCCAGAGUGGGCGGAUAUGUGCACUAUCCGGUCAUCAGCUCCGAUAUGUUGUUGAGGGUUCAGCAGCGAAAGAUGUCCCACAACAACAAGAAAUAUGUGGCGAGGAAUCCGUUCUUGACUUGGACUAAACUGACCUACUACCGACUAUUCUCAAGGAUGUACAAGUGGGUGGGCUGCUGCGCCGAGACGGUUAUGGUGAACUCCUCGUGGACUGAGGAUCAUAUACUGCAACUGUGGCAAGUGCCUUUCAAGACUCACCUGGUGUAUCCUCCGUGCGAGGUCAGCCACCUCAAAAAUCUCAAGCACACGGGGAAGGGCGAGGAGUUCGUCAUUCUAUCAGUGGGCCAAUUUCGUCCGGAGAAAGAUCACCCACUCCAGUUGCAAGCCAUGUACGAACUGAGGACUCUUCUGGCCCAGGACGAGGCUCUUUGGAACAGAAUAAAGCUGGUCAUUGUGGGUUCCUGUCGACACGAAGAGGACUAUGAACGUUUGAAGAACAUGCAGGACUUGACCAAGCAUUUGUCGCUCGAAAACAAUGUCCAAUUCAAUGUGAAUGUGCCCUACGAUGACCUGCUUAAAUUAUACCAAAACGCUAACAUUGGCAUACACACCAUGUGGAACGAGCAUUUCGGGAUCGGAAUCGUUGAUUGUAUGGCCGCUGGCCUCAUAAUGGUGGCUCACAAGUCCGGAGGCCCUUUGCUUGACAUUGUCGAAACCUCCGAGGGAAGCCAAAACGGAUUCCUUGCCAUUGACGCAGUUGAAUACGCAGAAAACAUACUACAUAUCAUUGUUAACAACGAUGAAAUGAACGGAAUUCGAAAUGCAGCAAGAGCUUCGGUGGAAAGGUUUUCUGAGCAGGAGUUCGAAAAAAACUUUUUGCGAGCUAUUUCGACACUAUUUUCAAAUUCUUAGGAAGAUUUUUUGUUAAAAACCUAUUUAGAAAAGAAUAAAUUAUCUGCUUACUUAAUAGAAAA